AUGUCGGCACGAGCGGCUAGGGAAAGUCUUCACAAUUUCCUUGCGUAUAUCAUUGAACUACAUAUGAAAAUAUACUUGAGAAAACCGACGUUUAGUGAUAUGCAACAAAUUUUGGAAUAUCACGCUGAAUAUCAUGGUCUCCCCGGGAUGAUCGGUAGUUUAGAUUGUAUGAAAUGGGAGUGGGAACUUUGUCCAACUGCAUGGCAAGGCUCCUACACAAGUGGAUAUUAUGGAAUGCCGGCUAUGAUGCUUGAAGCGAUUGCAUCACAAGAUCUUUGGAUCUGGCAAGCAUUCUUUGGUGUGCCCGGUUCACAUAACGAUAUAAACAUUAUACACCACUCGCCCCUUUAUAAUGAUCAAAUAAAUGGUAUUGGAUCGAAAGGAACAUUUUUUUGUAAAUGGGGUUGA